UGAAUGAAAAAGAGGGUCAGAUUUCGGUCUGGGUGGGGGGCACAGGGGGGGGUCAUCUUGCUCUCUCUCAUUGCCUCACCGGAAGGAACCGGGGACUCUGCGAUGAGGAGGGAAGGCUGCCAGGUGUACUGCGUCUUCGGGCAAGGACGCUCCGGUUCCUCCGGGGUGCCGAAGGAAGAGGGCGUCCUGAAGGAGCCUUCCCAGCUUCCAAGAUCACCGACAAAGACUGAAGAGGAGCCGGGUCCGCCACCCGAAUUUGGUUGCCGCAGAAGAUGGGCGUUUGGACUGGUGCCAGUUUUAUCGUGUGUCGCCGCCAUGGCUUUAGCCGCCCGCUAUUUGACAUCGGCCCCGCCCUCCUCCGUGUUCUUCCUGGGCUGCAGCGUGGAGUUUCCCAACUUGAGCUUCUCCGCAGAACUCGCCGACGGUUCCUCGCCGCCGUUUCACCUGCGGGCGCGCUCUUUAAAGCCUUACUUCUCCGAACUCUACAAGUCCUCCCCGUGGAGCUCUUACUACCUACGCUCAGGGAUUGCUGCCUUCAGUGAAGGCACAGAAGGCCUCAACGUGUUCUACUGGAGUCAAUUCUCUGCCCCGGGCCACAUCGCCACGGCGAUACAGCAUUCCAGCCCGGAGAGGCUGCAGCGCUUGCUGCCGGGCAGCAGCAAAGUUGUGCGGGAUGGACGACGCGAGCAGCGGUACUACUUGAAGCAAGACGACGUCACGCUACACCUUCUGGGUUUGGAUCCCGAUGACUGGGAAGAAAAGUCCGAUAAAUUUAAGAAUCCAACCGGCCUCCAGAGCGGAAAGUGGCAGUUCGGCUUCCAAGCGGUGUCUUUCGACCUGUACGCUAAACACGGCGUGAACCGCACCCUGGUUCUGGUGAGUCCCAAGAAACUCUACUACCAGUGGCGCCUCCGUGUGCCGUCGGGUCACGCGGUCCGCCUGGUGGUCCUCGCGUUUCACGGCGGUACUGCCGCCGCCGCGCCGAGCUGCAGCGCUCACAUGAUGUCCGCCUACGACUUCCUGCUUCCUUUGCAGAAUAAGAUCAUCGCCAGGUGGUGCGGGCCCCACGCGACGCCGGUCUCCUCGCCCGCCACGAGGCUGACGUCCUCGGGGAACGUCAUGCUGCUCACCUUCUCCUUCAGCCGGCAGAGGGAGGGAGCCGUCUUCAAAGCGUACUUCCAGGCGGUCCCCAAGGCAGGUUGUGGAGGAUCACUGUUCUCUUGGAAUGGCUCCGUUUCCUCACCGUACCAUCCCUAUCACUACCCUCCUAACAUAGACUGCAGGUGGACACUCCGGGCACCGUUGCCCGGGUACCUGAUCGCCGUGACGAUUGUGACCCUGGACAUCCAGCAGUCGUCGGAUGGCUGCGAGAAGGACUGGCUGGACGUCGGCGGCGUCAAAUUGUGCAACCAGGUAUCGGACAACGGCAGAAGUCGGGUCUACUCGUCACCCCUCUCCAUCCACUUCCACUCAGACGAAGCCGUGACUCACCGGGGUUUCUAUCUGCGCCACCGGGCCUUCUGGCCGCAGGGCUCCUGCCCGCCGCGUCACUUCAGCUGCAGCGACGGCCGCUGCAUCCCUUUGAGGAGAGUGUGCGACGGCGUCAGGGACUGCGAGGACGGACGCGACGAGGCCAAAUGCUCGUCGUGCAGGCCCGGCCAGGUGUUGUGUGCUAAUGGCCAGUGUCACGCUCAAAGCAGCCAGUGUGGCGUCUGCGCAGACAGCAACGAAGAGAGUGGCUGCAGAAGUAAAUGUUACCACACGUGUCCCAACAAAUUGUGCCUGCCCAAGUCUUCAGUGUGCGACGGCGUUGUGGACUGUCAAGACAGCAGCGAUGAGAUGAACUGCACCAGAGCAUGUGAGCAUUUGGGAAAGAAUCAUCAUUUUCUCCCGCCGUUGGAUUUCUGGGUGUCUUUGUCCCUUCCCGCAGACGUCAAAGCUUGCUCGUCGUCAUCCUUGUACAAAUGCGCCAACGGAAAGUGCGUGACGAAGCUCAACCCCGAGUGUGACGGAUUCAAAGACUGCCAGGACGGGUCUGAUGAGCUGCGGUGUGGUUGCGGCGUCCGGCCCCGAAAGAGGCCCAAGAUCGUCGGGGGCACCGACGCAUCUCCGGGCUCGUGGCCGUGGCAGGUGAGCCUCCAGAUGGAACGUUACGGCCACAUCUGCGGCGCCACCUUGCUCGCCACACGCUGGCUCGUCUCGGCGGCGCACUGCUUCCAGGACUCGGACUCCAUCAAAUAUUCCGAUCCACGCUCGUGGCGAGCCUACAUGGGGACGCGCUUGAUGGCGGCGGGAAAGAGCGCCGUGUCUGUCGCCAGCAGGCCGGUGCGCCGCAUCGUCCCGCACCCAAAAUACGAGCAGCUCACAUCCGACUACGACAUCGCCCUGGUGGAGCUCGCCGCCCCCGUCUUCUUCAACGAGCUGGUGCAGCCCGUGUGCGUGCCGGCACCCUCGCACGCCUUCGCCAUCGGGACCAGUUGCUUCGUCACAGGCUGGGGCGUCCUCACGGAGGAUGCCGUCCAGCCAUUGCGAGGAAACCGGCGUGAAUUGAAAUUUGUGUGCGUGUUAAUGCCAGGGGAGCUGGCGUCUCGCUUGCAGGAGGCCUCUGUGCGAAUCAUAAACAGGAACACCUGCAACAAAUUUUACGAUGACGCCGUCACUCCCAGGAUGCUUUGCGCGGGGAACCUGCAGGGCGGGGUGGAUGCUUGCCAGGGUGACUCCGGGGGUCCGCUGGUGUGUCAGGAGCGCAACCGUCGCUGGUUCCUGGCCGGCAUCGUGAGCUGGGGCGAAGGCUGCGCCAGGCAGAACCGUCCCGGCGUCUACACGCAAGUGGUCAAAUUUGCCGACUGGAUCCAUCAGCAGACCCGAGGUCAGGCCUGACCCGAUGCCAACAAGAACCAGGAAAACACUUUUGGGGGGUCUGUUGCGGAUUGAAAAAAAAUAAAAAAACUCAAGUCACUAAAAUGUGUUUCUUCUUUGCACUGUGGUGAUAUUAAAGAGAAAGGUAAUUCCAAAAAAAACUGAGUCUUCAUAAAAUCCAACCUUAGGCCUUCUCGUUGAGUUUACAGCGACCUCCAGUGGUCAAUUGCUGUCAAAUGUUUUUAAUUUGCAUGUGUGGAAGGCACCAUUUCAUUCACGGAUGUGAGUGAUGGAAAACAUCAAUGUAUGAGAGCGUUUCAACUCUAAAAACAGUUUGGUCAAAAAUAACCCAUAUUGGGUCCAAAAAAAAGGGACUGACCCCAAAAACUUGGGUCAAAUGAAUCGCAACUCAGGUUUUGAGUUGUUCAAAACGAUCCAAUUUGGGAGUAGUUUCGUAGGUUAUUUAUUUGACCCAACAUUUUGGGUUAAAUAAAUUCCCAAAACAUCUCCAAGGUUGUACAUUUGGACUUACUUUUGGCAUCAAAUGAAUAACCCAAAAAUUGGGGUCAAGUCCCUUUUUAAUCAUUUUUAAGUGUACACUCUAAAACCAGUUGCGCCGAAAAUAACCCAAAUCGGGUCACAAAAGGGACCAACCCAACUUUUUGAGUUACUUAUUUAACCCGUGAUAUUGGAUCAAAUUAAUAAACUCAAAAAACACUUUUUGGUUUGUUUUAUUCCAAACAACCCAAUUUUUGAGGGUUUAAUUUUUCCAAACUACCCCAAAUUUUGGUUGACAAACCAGCAUUGGGAAUUUCUUGUGCUUUAUGAAUUUUGACCCGACAUUUUGAAUCAAAUGAAUAACCCAAGAAUUAGGGUUAUUCCCUUUCUUAUGUGGGUUGCAAAUUUCCCCAGUGUGGGACUAAUAAAGGUUAUCUUAUCUUGUGACCCAAAUUUUGGUGUCCAAUGAAUACCCCCCCCCCAAAAAAAAAGUUGGAUCGGUCCCUUUUUGACUCACCUUGGGUAUAUUGUUAACCCAACUGUUUUUUUUGUAUGUAAAAGCGUUUGACUCGUGAAUGUGAGUGAAGAAAAAUCUUGUUUGACAGCGGUUCACCAGAGUGUCUAAAA